UGAGCCCCCUUCUCAAAUGGGCCCUGCCUCUCUCUUUUGGCCCCUUUCCAUACCAGGUACUUGUGUCAUGUAUUGUCUCCGUGCCUGCCUCUAUCAUCUUGACAUCUGACGAUCGUCACCUCGAAUCAUUACACACCUCAUCAGGUACCUGAAGGGAAAGUGCUGAGAGUACGUACUUGUUGUGCCGUGCCUUCCAUGUCCCGGGCACUGAACAGUCCAGUUGGGAGAGAAAGAGGUAGGUACUCCUGUCAGGUACCUACCAAUGGGCUCCGUCCACUCCCGGCCUCCGUUCUUCAGUCCAGUCCCAAACUCCCAGGUCAGGCAGGAGGGAGCACUCCAGUCUCCAGGAGACGGGAAGACGUGGCGGACUGGAAAAGGGUGAAGGGCAGCAAGAAAAAGGCAGGCGCGGAUCCACAGCAGUGUGCCUGCCUGAUAUUAUUUCCAUGCUCCCCUCGCUCCUGCCGCGACUCCCCAAUCUGCAUCUGGACCCGUCCUCCGUCCUCCGUUCUCCUCUUCGUCUUCCCGAAUCCCUCCUCUCAAUUAACCCACUCCUUCUCCGUCAUCAAUCAACCACUCGCUCCCUUUUUCUGCUUUUUUUUCUGGACCACUUCAGAGCUUCAACGUCCACGGUACUACCUCAAGGCUCAAAACCCCCGGCGCAGACCCAUCGAUCGUCCCCCCCCGACCGACAAGUCGCCUCCAUCUCGCCUCCGUGUAGACAACUUCGCUCCUGUCGAGACACCAAACCUGCCAACCAAGGUCCAAGGACAAGCCUGCAGGUCCCUGAUUUUCCGCAAUCUUGCUCUCCCAGUGACCUCACAGCGUUUAAUCUUUUUACGCCAACGGUCAAACCCACACGCGCCCACACGCACACCCCCGAAGCGAACGGAGAACACACCAAGGAACGACUGAAGUCGCUCACGUCCGCCUUCACCUUCACGGGUUCACGUCCACCGGAGACCGCUCCCUCCUACCGCAAAGAGCACCGUGUCCAGCAGCAUAUCCUGCACCUCACUGCAAUCAUCCCAAUCUGCCAACAACCCAAUCAGUGUCAAUUCGCCUUC